AUGCGUAGUAAAGGGCGUUUGGAAAGGCUUAAGAGAAGGCGUCUGUAUUUAGAAAGGAUUAGGAAAAGGCGACGUCAGCAUUAUGAAAAUUUUUGGAAAAGGCGACGUCAGUAUUUGGAAAGGCGUAAGAAAAGGCGACGUCAGUAUUUGGAAAGGCGUAAGAGAAGACGACGUCUGUAUGCGGAAAGGCUUAGGAGAAGGCGACUUAGAUUGAGAAGACCAGCUGUUCAUAAGCGCCGUCCGUCAAUCCGCAAACCUCCCCCAAGACGGAAACCCAUCCCUAAACCGAAAAUUGUAGCCGUUGAAGUUGAACGCAAACCGGGAUCUAAACCAAAAGUGGUGUCAGUUGACAUUGAGAAGCCAAAGCCGAAGCCUAAAAAGAAAGUUACAACUGUUAAAGUCGCAGCCAAACCAGUUAGUAAACCCAAAGUGGUGGCAAUCCAAGUGGUGCCUAAAACGACAACGAAACCAAAAAUUGUAAUCAUUGAAGCGACGACAGAGAGUCCAAAGGCCGCUGAGGAAACAGAGGAGGGUGAAGGAAAUGGUGAGGAAGAGGAGGGCGAAGGAAAUGGUGAGGAAGAGGAGGGUGAAGGAAAUGGUGAGGAAGAGGAGGGUGAAGGAAAAGGUGAGGAAGAGAAGGAGGAAGGAGGCGACGAGGAAGGAGGAAAAGAGGAGGAAGAUGAAGGAGGCGAGGAAGGUGAAGAGGAGGAAGAGGAAAAAUAA